GUGCGGUUGAAAGCCCCUCGCUCUAGAGAACUGAAGAGGCUGCCCAGAUGCCCUCCGAGAUGGAGGGCAACAAACAGUUCACGCCGGGCCAGUGGUGGCUAAACAUUGUCUGCGCUCACCGUGACGGAAUUGUGGGAACCACAGCUCCGAUUCCCACCAAAGGUCAAUAUGGAAUUACCGUGUUGCCGCUACUCUCUGGCAGAGAACGGAGGCUCCGGGAUGGACACACCGUCUAUCAGAGAGAGAGCUUUCAGGCAUCAGACAUGCACGUUACCUUGAUGACGCAAGUUGGUCAACAGAUCCGAAUCCUGCGCGGCUAUCAGCUGCGGAGCGCUCUUGCUCCUACAGCAGGACUGCGAUAUGAUGGGCUGUACAAAAUUGUGCAGUACGGCCAGAAGCUGGACGAAGACACCGAAAUCUACCGUCUGGCGCUAGUUCUCGAGCGGGUGCCAGAACAGAUGCCCUUGGAAGAACUCCGGAGCAUCCCUAAACCUUCACAGCUGGAUGACUGGAAGGUGUACGAGAGUUUUGAAGCAGACAGGCUCAAAUCUUCGAGGGGACAUGAGAAUUUUCUGGCAUGGAAGAACAGAAAGAUGAGAGAUAAGCUUGAGCAUGAACAAUGGUUGGUAUCUGUCGGUCUCAAAAUUGGGUACCAACACUUUCAAACUCCGUCGACCGAUGAGAAGUUCAAACAGGGGCAGACCAUGAGACAAGGUCGGAGAUCUGCUUUGAGUCUCAGUAUCGAAUCAAUCAUGGGCAAGAAGACGAACGACAAAAAGCCCGCCGAUAAAAAGGGGCAAGGCGGCAAAGAUGCGGGCGCAAAGGAAGAGAAAAAAGUCAAGGCAGCGCAGCAAAUAAACGUGCGACACAUCCUUUGUGAGAAGCACAGCAAGAAAGAGGAAGCCCUUCAGAAAAUCCGGGACGGUGCCAAGUUCGACGAUGUAGCCAGAGAAUACUCGGAAGACAAGGGCAGGCAAGGUGGCGCUCUGGGCUGGAAAGCCAAAGGAACUUUGAAGGCCGAGUUCGAGGCAGUAGCAUACACUCUCGAGCCCAGCACAACAUCAAAUCCAAAGAUUGGCGAGGCCAAGACAGGGUUUGGUUACCAUAUUAUCAUGGUCGAAGGCAGGAAAUAAUACCACGAUAAUGUCAUGUGUAGAUGCAACACGCAAAUGUUCAAG